AUGGUUCGAUCUCUCAACGGUCGCACCUUAAUUGAUCAAGGUUCCGAGGUUACAUUUAUCUCCGAAAAAUUAGCACGUAUAUUGCGUUUGCCUCGAAAGCGAACUUCCGCUCAAAUCUCCGCAGUAGGAGGUAUCGAUGCUGAUACAUGUCGAUACUCCGCUCUCAUUGAAUUAGUACCCCGCGGAAAACAUAAGCCAGUUUUCACAACGGCUGCUUUCAUUCUCAAGGCGCUAACUAAAUACGCGCCGCGAUUAUCAGCAUCAGUCGCUGAUUGGAAACACUUAAACUCUCUUACGUUAGCGGAUGACGAUCCCACAGGAUCGAGUCCCAUCGAUAUAAUAAUUGGCGCUGACAUUUACGGUCACGUCAUUCAAAACGGAAUCCGGAAAGGACCAAUCGGGCAACCUAUCACUCAACGAUCUCAUUUCGGCUGGAUUCUUUCCGAACCUGCUCAAACUCAAAACGCUCGCACAAUUAACGAGAUCGAAAAAAUCCCACGACAUAAGAUUCUGUCCCCUGCCGAGGAACAUUGCGAAACUCAUUUUAUCACUACUCACUCACGAGCCUCCGACGGGCGCUACGUCGUUCGCCUCCCAUUUAAAACGACGCCGCUUAUCGAUAUCGGAGAGUCUCGAUCUAUCGCCUUCCAACGAUUAACAUCGUUAAAACGUCGUCUCGAUACGAAUUCCGACAUCAAAUCGGAAUAUUCUGCCUUUCUCGCCGAGUAUGAACUCAAUCAUAUGCAAAGAGUUCAACCCCCGGCCGCGCCUAAUUCUCAAAUUGUUUAUCUUCUGCAUCAUCCAGUAAUCCGCGAAACUAGCGCAACUACAAGACUAAGAGUUGUCUUUAACGCAUCCAGUCUAACCACCAACGGAACGUCAUUGAAUUCUCAUUUAGAAAUUGAUCCUAAAUUACAGAUGGAAAUAACUUCUAUUUUGUUAAGAUGGCGACAACAUAAAUACGUUUACACGGCUGAUAUAGCAAAAAUGUAUCGACAAAUUUUAAUAGAUCCCCGCGAUCGCGAUUAUCAACGCAUUGUCUGGUACAAUGGUGAUAACUCAGCCAUUCAAGAUUAUCAGUUGUUGACUAUCACUUAUGAUACCGCUUCAGCUCCGUUUCUCGCUCUUCGAGUACUGAAGCAGUUGGUUAAAGAUGAAGGAGUCGCAUUUCCCCUCGCGAUUCCGAUUUUACAAGAUAACAUCUACAUGGAUGACGUUCUGUUCGGAGCCGACGACAUUCUGUUGCUACACCAAUCGCGCGAACAACUUUGCGCUCUUUUAUCUUGCGGCGGAUUUCACCUACAUAAAUGGGUGAGUAACAGCUCUACUCUUCUAUCAGACAUUCCAGAAGAAUGUCAUGGACUCGCAGGAAAUACUGCCAACUCUCGAGGAGAAUUUCAGCGUUCUAGGAUUAUCAUGGAACCCGCAUUUCAAUUCCGAGCGUCUCUUCCACAAUCACUUCCUAACACAAAGCGAAAGAUCUUGUCAACAAUCGCAAAAUUAUUUGAUUUAUUGGGAUGGCUCAUCCCCGUGACCAUCAACGCUAAAAUAUUUAUGCAACAAUUGUGGCGACUAAAAAUAAACUGGGAUGAUGCCAUUCCCUCGCAAACGAUUCAGCGCUGGGAAUCAAUCUAUCAAAAUUUAUCAGCAUUAAAUGAUCUCCAAAUUCCUCGAUGGACAGAUCAAGAUCAUGACACUGCUCGAUGUGAUUUUCACGGAUUCGCGGACGCGUCUAACGCUGCUUACGCCGCUGCCAUUUAUAUGCGAACGACCUCGUUAUCAGGAGAAAUUACAAUGACAUUAUUAGCGGGCAAAUCGAAAGUUGCUUCGCUCAAAACAAUGAGCAUCCCUCGACUCGAGUUAUCGGCAGCUUGCCUACUUGCUCGGCUAAUCGAGUUUACUCAAUCAUCUCUACACAUGUCUAACAUUACAUGUCAUUGUUGGACUGAUUCCACCAUGGUUUUAGCAUGGCUAAGUUCGCAUCCAUCAAGAUGGAAAACUUUCGUAUCUCAUCGAGUAGCCGACAUUCAAUCGCAAUUACCUAAUGUCAAAUGGCGUUACAUCCCAUCCGCAGACAACCCGGCUGAUUGCGCUUCUCGAGGUGCCGAAAAAAGGAUCAAGUUCCAAGCAAUUCAGAAAUACAAGGUCAAGCUUUGUCUGCCAUUGAAUGCCGCGCGUCAAUUUUGGAUCCUAACAAUUCAAUCGAAAGUAUUCUCUGAGAAAUUUAAGGCACUCGAUAACAAUCAGUCCCUCCCAUUAAGAACACCGUUUACUCCGCUGCGACCUUUUCUGGACGAGGAAAAAAUAAUUCGAAUCGGCGGACGCUUGAAACAUUCCACACUCUUGUUCACUACUAAACAUCCAAUACUCCUAGCUCCCCAUCCAUUAGUCAAGCUCAUAAUACGACACGCUCACGUUCGAUCCUUACACGCUAGCGUUCAACUUACAUUAGCCACAACACGCCAAGACUAUUGGAUUCUCAAAGCUCGAACGUAA